AUGGCAAAAUAUGGCAUCGCGCUGCCGCCGGACAAUUAUCCGCUGUCGCGACCAGGCGCGGCGGGACCCGAGUUACUUCUGGACACCCCGUUGCAAAAGGCGCUAUCAGAAUAUGCACGACAGUCGGGCAUGAUACUCCCAGCUUUUGUCGAGCUGGUGCGCGGACAGACGGCUGAUGACUACCGGCCUAACAAGAACCUGGUCCCAGGCGUGCUGAACGAAGUAUGCAAGGGUUACGCACAUCUGGAAGAGCUCCAGAGAAUCGUGCAGGGCGGCGUUGAAGUUCGGCUAAGCAAGACACCUCCACGGCAGGUACAGCGGCCACCAAAUCACGGGUCGGCGCGAGAUCGCCUUAAUGUGCUCCGCAAGAACAUUGGAAAGGAGCAGGAUGCUGGGCGGUGCCUCGUACUCGACCGCGAUCUCCUCAAGCAAUGGCCCGAGAUUAUUAUCAGCCCCUUUGGGGUGGUGGACAAGGGCAAUGAGGACGAAAAACGUGUCGGGUAG